AGUGGGUUUUCGUAUGAGGAUAUUACCGACUUUAUCGAAAGAUUUGAACGAUACAGCAAGUUUUAUAAUUGGACAAACGCCAAGAAACUGUCUGCAUUAAUGCUAUUGUUUGAAGGCCCAGCGUUGGCAUGGCUACAUACGGUACCAGACGAGACAAGGAACAAUUAUGCUAGUCUAAUAACGGCCCUUCGACAGCGAUUUGCUUCACCAAACGAAGAGUUCCUUCAGAGACAACAAUUAAAUGACCGAAAGCAAGGUAAGAGCGAAAGCCUUAACAGUUACACAGAGGACAUUAUUCGUAGAUGCAGCCGACUUGGACUUAAUGACACCAACAGAAUGAACUGUUUCAUAUCAGGACUAAACGACGAGUUAAAAUCGCAUGUCAUUUUGAACCGCCCAACAACAUUUGAGGAAGCCGAAUCCUUGGCGCGCCUGAAAGAUACUGUCAGCAGAAGUACAAAAUGUGGCAAAGCAGAGUACCUGCUCCAAAUAAUGUAAUAAAUCAGAUACAUGAUCUCCUAAAUGAGAAAAAAGCUUCAGAGAAACAAGUAGAAACAAUUUCUAAUGAUAACCUCAGAGAACGACAACGCCUAGCAGAGCUCGAGGGCCAAGUGCAACUUUUAAUGUCCACUAUUGACCGACCACGAGCAUCCACAGUAGCACCUAUUUCAACCAAUUAUCCCCCUGUUCAGACUCCCUCUACCCAGGAUAUCGACGCCAUGAAAAGGGAUAUCAUAGCAGCAGUUCGAGACGAAAUCAGGAAAGACACACCACAAAAUGCCCCAACAGACCGACAGGAUUUCAGCGUAGGAAACAGAUAUCCCCGGCGAGACAGCAGAGGACGAAACCUUCGAACAACGGACGGGCAGCCAAUCUGCAAUACCUGCCAAAGAGUUGGGCAUGUUGCAAGGUAUUGCAAGGAAGCAGGAGAGAGACUCCUCAACAGAUACCAUCUAGCUGGUGCAGCAUCCCUGGUAUGCCCAGACAUACAAGGAAAUAUCCCUUUCCGGUUACUAAAUCCAACUGAUGAGCCUGUUACAAUCUUCCGUGGUGCCACAUUAGGACAGUUCACACAAAAAGAUUUCGAGACCACACCUCUUACUGAUCCGCCCACCCCUACGUCAUGUACAGGAUUACCCACGACAACUCAGAGAAGCACCUCACUACCUAUUAUCAACCCCUUGGCAAGCACAAUCCACCAAUCUGAUUUCGCUGAUCUGCAAGACCCACCUAGAACACCAACCCCACCAAGCCCAACUCCGCUUCAGCCACGCCCUCUGAUUUUCCCAACCUGA